UGUCACCAAUUAAAAUUCCCACAUGAAAUAACUCCAGCUAAUCCCAAUUCUAAAAUCUAAGCCUCUUGCAUUCAAUAUUUCAACAAAGAGAGAGAGAGAGAGAGAGAAAGAGCCCAGAAUUCAGAAAUAAAUAAACACUUUUUUGGUUCUGCACAUUCUCUGUACUCUUAAGAGCCUAGAAAACAGGAAAUAAGUAUCUUACUUUCUGUUUUGAAUUUUGUAAAAGUGGAGUAUAAAUGUCUACUGAGGUUAUGCAUACCUUAGGAGAAGAUACACAAGAGCUGCAGAAGCAAUUGGGAUGCAUGAAUGGGAUCUUUCAGCUCUUUGAUCGGCGGUACCUGCUUGGUCAACGUCGCCAGGGCCACCACCAUAAGAAGCCACCUCAAGGUCAAAGUGACAACAACAAGGAGUUCAACAAUGCAUCAGAGAAAUCUAAGGAGAAAAACCCGAACAACAACGUUGCGAAAGAGAAGCACAGAGUAUCAGUCGAAUCAUCAAGAAACUCGUUUUCUUCUUCCUGUUCAUCAUUAGAUUGUAGUAAAAGAGUACAAACCGAAUCAUCCUCAUUUUGCCCAAGUAUUGUUUCCGAACCCUCAUCUCCAACCUCAAAUAAAAAACCCGAUUCGUGGGUCCCACCAUCUGAUAUUAGAGAUGUAGUUAAGGACUCAAUGACUCGAAAGCCUCGAGUAGUGUCAGUUAAAACCGUUGCAAAAGACGGACGAAAAGGUCCCACAAUGACACAUGUCGAUUCCCCAAGGCCUUUACAACAACACCCGAAACCCGUUCCAUACGAAAGAAAAGAUCUAAACCUUGCUAAGCUUCAUGACAUUUCAACUUUGACUACAAGGGGAGUCAAAGAAGUGAAAAUCACAUCAAGAUAUUCAUACGAUGGACGCGAAUCACCGUAUAAGUUAAAAUCAGUUUCAAAUGUUAAGGACCGCCCGAGGCUUUCCUUGGAUAGCAAGCAAAGUUCUACGAGGAACCGGACAAAUGUAGUUGACCAAACCCAACCCGAUGAGCCCGGAAGUAACAAAAGACCACCAUCAAGUGUAGUGGCGCGAUUAAUGGGCCUAGAAGUUGUAAAGUGUGAAGCCUUGAAGAUAAAACCUUGUGUGGACGAUGAACCGAUUUCGGGCUCAAGAUUAUCAAGAAAAUCAGUUUCACCAAGAGUUUCCAAUGCAUUGACUAGAAUUCCACUAGAACCAGCUCCAUGGAAGCAGGAAGUCAAACAACCGGUCAACAAGAAGGCGCAAUCUGUUUAUGGUCAAAUAGAGAAAAGGUUGACUGAAGUUGAGUUUAAAACAUCUGGUAAGGAUCUCAGAGCUCUUCAACAGAUACUUGAAGCAAUACAGAGGACAAAGAUGAGGUUAGACAACACAGGGCCCCACAAAAGUGUCAUUACACCAGCUAAUGUAGCUUCAGAUUCCUUGGAGAUCACAAAUCUACCAAAAGUCAAGAAAGUCAACCCUGGUAGGGGACAUACAAGAAAUUUGAAACCUACAGAAACUAAAGCAACUGGUGGGGCUAAAAAACCAAUCUCGCCGCCUUCACACGUGGCGAGAAAUUCGGGAAGCGUGAGCCCGAGAGUUCAGAAACCAAAGGUCAAGAAGCAGCCAACUGGGAAGCUGACUGUAUCGAGCGCCAAAGCCAGGGACCAAUCGCGUAGGGACAACCGUAAAACGAGAAGCUUAAGUGAACAAGGUGACAUGGUUUCCUUCCCCUCAGAAAGUGAUGCUAGUGUUGCUUCACAAAAGGGGCCAGAAAAUAAAUUUGCGGAAAGGUUGAUGGGGUGUAAACCAAUGGCGGAACAACCAAGUCCUGUUUCGGUUCUUGAUGCAUUUUACACAGAAGAUACACCAUCGCCGGUUAAAAAGAAAUCAUAUGACUUUAAAGAUGACGAGGAUUUAUGCUUUGAUGAGCGAGAAUGGAGUCAAGUGGGAAUCGAUAACUCGGUGAGCAGCACAGAAUCAAAUCAGCUGAGUUCCGGAUACAGCAACAUAAAAUUCGAAAACAUAAAGCAACUUGUUCAUCAAAUUGAGUUACUAGACUCCUCCACCAAUGAUGAAUCCGCAACCAAUCCACAUGAAGACCAGAUAUACAUCAAGGAGAUUUUACUAGCCUCGGGUUUUCUAAAUAAUCUUGAUUGCGCCACCACAAUCGUUCACCUCCAUCCAACAGCCAGCUUGAUCAACCCUGAGUUGUUCAACAUUUUGGAGAAAACCAAAGAGUGCACCUCAAAAUCCAAGAAAAUCGAAAGAAAAAUGAUAUUCGAUACCAUCAAUGAUAUUCUUGCACAGAAAUUAGCCAGAUCAGCUUCUUCCAAACUUUGGACAAGCAAAAAGACAUCAGGAUUUCUGAAUGGAGAGAAGCUUCUGGAAGAAUUAUGCUUAGAAAUACAUAAUCUUCAAACUAAUAAAGCCAGUGAUCCAUAUGAUGAAGUAAUAAACAUCGUCAGCGAAGAUGUGAAUAACAAGUCAGAAGACUGGGAUCACAACUGUAACGAGAUUCCAGCUCUCGUGUUAGAUAUCGAACGUCUUAUUUUUAAGGAUUUGAUUAGCGAGAUUGUGAACGCUGAAGUAUCUGGUUCACAAGAAAGGCACGCGAGGCACCGUAGGCAGUUAUUUCUUAUUUAGAAGAUGACUAUUGCUUUCCUAUGAUCAUGAUCUAGUUUCUUUUCCUUAAUGUUGAUGGGUUCAGAAGUACACCAAGUGAUUAGUGAAAUAAUGCAUCUGUUUCCAAGUAAAAUUGUAACUUUAACUGCAUAUAAACUAUAUACAAAAUUAACUAGCUUUGUGUACAAA